AUGAACAAUUCAUUAUCGAAAGAAGAAUUAGAAAAGAAACCAAAGGCUUUAGAUCAAACUCUUGAAUCAGGCAACGAUCCUACAUACAGCAAGAAAAUAUACGAACUUAUUGUCGCAGGGGGCGAGAAUAAAAAAUCUGUCGAACACAUUUUGCUGCCCGCCUGUUUACCCAAAGAAAAAAACUUGCUAGCAAGAUUAUGGUCUGCGAUAUUUAGCAGCAAAUCAUCAGAGAACUCUCAGUCCAAAACAGACGAAGCAAACUUGCCGGGAAAGUGGAGUUAUAUUAAACCAAUGAGAACCAGACGACAGUCCUUCAUGACAGCGAUUUAUCAAGACGAAAUGUUUGCAUUUGGAGGUUUUGGAACUGGUCGAUCUAUGGAAACGUUGGAGUUAAAUAGCCCCCGCGCUCGGUGGCAGCAUCGCGGUACAAUUUUCCCCGUGGAUUUAUGGGCAUCGGCUGCUGUACAGUAUGGUGGGUUUGGGUACAUAUUUGGAGGCGGCAUCGGUGGGGUGGCAGCUACUAAUGUUUACAAGUUAGUAAUAAUACAGUAAAUUCCUUUAGUAACACCCCCCCCCCCCCCCACCACCACCACCACUACCCCCUCUCCCUUAUUCACAACAAAACAACAGACGUGUGAUUAUUAGUUUUUCAUUUUUAAUUGACUUGGAAAUUCAUGUCAGUUUACUGCAUUAAUACAUUAGGACACCUCUCUAAUAUGGACAUAUCUCUAACAAAGAGAAUUGCCUCUCUAAUGUACCUAUCAAUGUUUUCCCCCUGAGAGGGGGGUGCGGGCAACCCAGGGCAAUUUUGACAUUUUUAAAAUUUUGUAGUCAAAAUCCCCACUGUUGGGCAAGGAAUGGCUGUCAAAAUUCCACAGUACAUUCCUAAGAUAACAAGGCAAACAUAUGUUUUCCAAUGCGAACAUACAGUCUAUACUGGUUUAAACUUGGUAAAAAUUGAGACACUGUGUAUAAAAUACCUUUUCCGAUGAAACUUGGUCUUGCUUCUCUGCCAUACUUGUUACCAGGCAAAACCACGCAAACUUUCAAGAUGGCGGAUGUCAAAAUUUCCCGACUCUCAGAGUUGAUGCAUAGGUCAAAUUCCCCUCACUGGAGCUUCAUAGUGUUGUCAAAGUCCCUGGGUCGCCCGCACUGCCCCCUCAGGGGGAAAACAAUGAUAGGUUCAUAAUACAGACACGUACCUCUCAAAUGCAAAUACCUCCCUAAUACAGACACCUGUCUAAUACAAGUACUUCUCUAAUAUAGACACCUCUCUAAUAUAGAAACUUCUCUAAUACAGACACCUCUCCAAUACAGACACCUCUCUAAUACAGACAUCUCUAAUACAGAAACCUCUCUAAUACAGAAACCUCUCUAAUACAGACACUUCUCUAAUACAGACUCCUCUCUAACACAGACACCUCUCUAAUACAGUCACCUCCCUAAUACAGACACCUCUCUAAUACAGACACCUCUCUAAUACAGACACCUCUCCAAUACAGACACCUCUCUAAUACAGACAUCUCUAAUACAGAAACCUCUCUAAUACAGAAACCUCUCUAAUACAGACACUUCUCUAAUACAGACUCCUCUCUAACACAGACACCUCUCUAAUACAGUCACCUCCCUAAUACAGACACCUCUCUAAUACAGACACCUCUCUAAUACAGACACCUCUCCAAUACAGACACCUCUCUAAUACAGACAUCUCUAAUACAGAAACCUCUCUAAUACAGAAACCUCUCUAAUACAGACACUUCUCUAAUACAGACUCCUCUCUAACACAGACACCUCUCUAAUACAGUCACCUCCCUAAUACAGACACCUCUCUAAUACAGACACCUCUCUAAUACAGACACCUCUCCAAUACAGACACCUCUCUAAUACAGACAUCUCUAAUACAAUACAGAAACCUCUCUAAUACAGAAACCUCUCUAAUACAGACACCUCUCUAAUACAGACACCUCUCUAAUACAGACACCUCUCUAAUACAGACACCCUAACACAGACACCUCUCUAACACAGACACCUCUCUAAUACAGACACCUCUCUAAUACAGACACCUCUCUAAUAUGGACACCUAGCUCCAAAUUCUCCACAGACAAGUAUCUCUAAUACAAAAACCUAGCUCUCUAAUAUAGAAACCUCUCUAAUACAGGUAACUCUCUAAUACAGGUACCUCUCUAAUACAGACACAUAUUUAACACAGACACCUCUGCAACACAGACAUCUCUCUAAAACAGACAAGUACCUCUCUAACACAGACACCUCUCUAAUACAGACACAUAUUUAACACAGACACCUCUGCAACACAGACAUCUCUCUAAAACAGACAAGUACCUCUCUAAUACAGAUAUACCUCUCCAACACAGACAAGUAACUCUCCAAUACAGACAUCUCUCUAACACAGACAAGUUAAUAUGGACACCUAGCUCCAAAUUCUCCAAUACAGAAACCUCUCUAAUACAAAAACCUAGCUCUCUAAUAUAGAAACCUCUCUAAUACAGGUAACUCUCUAAUACAGGUACCUCUCUAAUACAGACACAUAUUUAACACAGACACCUCUGCAACACAGACAUCUCUCUAAAACAGACAAGUACCUCUCUAAUACAGAUAUACCUCUCCAACACAGACAAGUACUCUAAUACAAAAACCUAGCUCUCUAAUAUAGAAACCUCUCUAAUACAGGUAACUCUCUAAUACAGGUACCUCUCUAAUACAGACACAUAUUUAACACAGACACCUCUGCAACACAGACAUCUCUCUAAAACAGACAAGUACCUCUCUAACACAGACAACUCUCUAAUACAGGUACCUCUCUAAUACAGACACCUCUGCAACACAGACAUCUCUCUAAAACAGACAAGUACCUCUCUAAUACAGAUAUACCUCUCCAACACAGACAAGUAACUCUCCAAUACAGACAUCUCUCUAACACAGACAAGUGCCUUAAUAUGGACACCUAGCUCCAAAUUCUCCAAUACAGAAACCUCUCUAAUACAGAAACCUAGCUCUCUAAUAUAGAAACCUCUCUAAUACAGGUAACUCUCUAAUACAGGUACCUCUCUAAUACAGACACAUAUUUGACACAGACACCUCUGCAACACAGACAUCUCUCUAAAACAGACAAGUACCUCUCUAAUACAGAUAUACCUCUCCAACACAGACAAGUAACUCUCCAAUACAGACAUCUCUCUAACACAGACAAGUGCCUCUCUAAUACAGACACUUCUCUAAUACAGACACUUCUCCAAUAUAGACACCUAUCUAACAUUGACACCUCUCUUAACUGCAACACAGACAUCUCUCUAAAACAGACAAGUACCUCUCUAAUACAGAUAUACCUCUCCAACACAGACAAGUAACUCUCCAAUACAGACAUCUCUCUAACACAGACAAGUGCCUCUCUAACACAGACACCUCUCUAAUACAGCCAACUACAGUACUCUAAUACGAACAUCUCUCUAAUACUGAUUCUUUGAAGCAAAAAGUAAUUAAUCCUGAUAAUACAUUUAUAGAUUCAGUCUGGUUCCACCUUAUGCAGUUGACUUGAUUGGCCAAAUGCCUGAACCGAGAACUUUACACAAUGCCGAAAUAUUUGAGGACAAAGUUAUCAUUUUCUGCGGAUCAUCAACUGGCUAUCCCGAUGCUUCGGUGGACACAGUUUAUCAGUAUGACAUCACAAACAACAGUUUUAAAACAUUACCAUCAUUACCAGUGAAGGUUGUAUUUGCAGCAACGGCAAAGUGGAAAGAUAAUGUCUUGAUUGUUGGCGGGCAGGGUGAACAGUUUCAGACAUUAAACACGGUUUGGAUGUACAAUGUAUCGAGUGGGGAAUCCCAAAAGUUGCGACCAAUGAGAGACAAGAGACAUGGUUGUGCUGCCGUCGUUGCAGGAGAUAUGUUGGUUGUCAUGGGGGGACAAAACUUGAGACAAAUGGAACUUGUUUCAGCAGAAUGUUACAACCUUCAGACAAACAAAUGGAUGCAACUUCCCCCCAUGAAGCAGGCAAGACGAUAUCCCUCUGCAGUCGUAAGAUGCAGGGACAUUGAUUGAGCAAGGUCAAGUUGCUGCAAACCAUUUAAAGUAACAAUUAAGGGUUAAGGCAGAGUUCUAACUCUAUAAGGGCAGGGGCUCGCAUCCAAAGUUUUUUCAAGGGGAGGUUCUGGGAUGUAAAGCAUUACAAAGUUUCAUUUUGAGAGUGGCUUUUGGUUGAGCCGCACUACAAUAACAAAGAAAGAAUAUCUAUUUACCUUGGGUCGGUACGACACCGAGGUCUUAACUCCGGCUCCUAUUUUUUUUAAUUUUUUUUUUCUUGUUUUUUUUCCCAUUUGUGUCGAGCCGCGCGCGUAGUCGAAGAUCGAAGGGCCUGCGGAGGAGACGACAACUUCCGGUAAAUAAGUGUACUUCCGGAUUAUUUCAAGCAUCGGCCAAAGCGAAACGGAACCCGAAGCUGUCCUUGCACAAAAUCCGUCAAAUUUUUUUAUUUAAAACCAGAAGAUGUGAUAAUGUUGACAUAGAUGUUUAGCUGGAUAACUAUUCUCGAGUAUAUGUUGAUAUAAUGCACAAUACUUCGUAUGCAUAGCAUGGUUCAAUUUUCACUUCCACACAAUGGUCCUAAGGGACAUUCCCCAUCGAUUGACGAAGUUAGACUUUUGAUUUUUCGAUUUUGAGAACACUUACGAGCAAUUUUAGAUUGGGCGGUACACAUCAGUAUAGACAAUUUCAAAAUUAGUAUGCAUAGCCGAAGCAAGCUAAAAUGACUAAGGCUCCGUCAGUUCGCUUCAGAUCGGGACAAAAUUUUACGGUACAACUAUACAACACCCCGCAAGUAUUAUACGUAUUAUAUUACUGGGGUUAGUAUUAUGUUUAGGAUAAGGUACAGUUGGCGGGAUAUUCUAUGGUUAUUCCGAGCACACUAUUAUCACAGAAUAUUAACCUAUCCAGAAGUCCAUCUCUAUUGUUUUUUGCGUAACUGCUAUUCGUCAUGAUUCGUCACUCAGCAAGUGCCCUAAACAGGGGCAAUCACUCCCCUGGAAAUACUUAAGAUGGCGCCUCAUCCGGGUGGUGACUGCCUCUGUUUAGGGCACUUGCUGAGUGACGAAUCAUACGAAUAGCACGCAAAAAACAAUGGAGAUGGACUUGUGGAUAGGUUAGUAUUCUGUGCUGUUAUUGAAUCACUAGUUCAUACGAUAAGGUUCACUAAUUACAGCAGGCAGAAAUGACAACACUUGAUAGAUAAUUUCCAUGUAGGUGAAUUCCAAUAGGAGUUUCACUUCAGCGCACAUGAUGGUAUUUGACAAAAGAAUUUUAGUAUAAUGUGAUUAUUUGCCUAUUUGCUUUUGUGUUUUAAUGUGAUAAUGUGGGUGUGGUGUGGAUCACGAGUUGAUUGUUUGGCCUUGCUCGUUGCUAUAUAAGCUUUUACCUGACUACAGUUCGCACUUACUCUUGUAACGUAAUCGACAAUGUCGUCUGGACUGAAAAGUACCAUAUCACCAAAGAAAAAUCUGCCACCGAUUAUCGGCUACGUGCACAAUUUGUCUAAAGUUCUAAUUUAUCAAUAAAAUGUUAAAACGGAGCUUUGAUUGACUGAUUCACCAUUUAUACUAGCGAACUAUUAAACUAUCGUGAUUUACACCAUUUUUGCAUAUUUACCAGACGAUGCCCUAUCCACCGACCCGAGGUUAACGCCGAGUCGGCGUCUUGUUUAUGUCUAUUCCCAGGUUAUAGAGUAUUCCCCCAAGAAAAUGUUUGAAGUUUUGAAUGGUUAAUGGCCGGCUACAAUUCCUGCAAUUCACUAUAGUUUAUCACAAUUCUUUCAAUCAGUGGUGCAUGGCGCCAAAGACGGAAGACAGCUCUAAGUCCCUGCAAUGCAAUUUCCAGCAUUGUGUGUGUGUGUGUGUGUGGGGGGUCAAGAUUACACAGAAUUCCAAAGAUUGUAAUGAAGUACAUGAAACACAUUUUGUUUCAUAUCUAUAUAUAUAUGCAGGUAUAAGUGUAACUAUAUACAUUGAAAAAUAAAAACUUCACCUUUGUUUUUAUUGAAAAUCUGGCAAAUUAGCCAUGCCUGUUCUACACCAGAAGGUUGUUAAACUCAUGCAUUCUGCAAGUUUUCAACACAUCCAUUAACAACUUGCACCCAUUUGUUUAUCUUUUUUCGACAUAUAUAUUGCAUGAACAAAAUGAUUAUCUGUUUUGGAUCAAAACUGAACCAACAAUAUUAAUUUUCGCCGAACCAACUUUUAAGAUCGAUUACACAGAAUUGGCCGGGGUGUGUCACCUACCUUUUGACUGAGCUUGUUUGUGGGCCUCUGUUAGUGUAAUAAUGUAAUAGUGUAAGUUAAUAUAUAAAGUUAAUAGUAAUCUUUAAUAGUGUAAAUUAAUAUAUAAAGUAAUACAGACACCUCUCUAAUACAGACACCUCUCUAAUACAGACACCUCUCUAAUAGUCUAGCACAGACAUCUCUCUAAUACCAGCAACUUUUUUGAUACUGACUGAUCGUGAAGUUAAAAAUGAAUUAAAAAAUACAAAAUAAUGGACACUCCAAAAACAGUUAAUAUUUUUAAUUUGACGUUUCGACUAGCCUGCAGUGAUGCAGUCGAAACGUCGAAUUAAAAAUGUUAACUGUUUUCGAAAUGUCCAUUGUUUUGUAUUUUUUUAAAUUACUCUGUGGUAACUGGUGGUAACUGUAAAUUCUGGCCAAAAAUGAAUUAUGUUAAUACAUUAAUAGCUUCGGUCUGGUUCCGCCUUAUACAGUCAACCUGGUCAGCCAAUUGCCUGAACCAAGAUCGUUCCACAAUGCCGAAAUAUUUGACAACAAAGUGAUCAUCCUUUGUGGAUCAUCAACAGGCUCCUUCAGCGCCAACGAUUUUGUGGACACUGUACUGCAAUAUGAUAUCACGAACAACACUUUUAAUACAUUAUUACCGUCAUUACCAGUGAAAGUUGUUUAUGCAGCGACAGCAAAGUGGAGAGAUAAUGUUUUAAUUGUUGGCGGGCAGGGUGAACAGUAUCAUGACACUAACACAGUUUGGAUGUAUGAUGUAUCGAGUGGGGAAUCUCAAAAGUUGCGACCAAUGAGACACAAGAGGCACGGUUGUGCGGCAGUCGUCGCAGAGAUAUGUUGGUUGUCACAGGCGGACGAAACCCAACUGCAUUAGAGCUUGUUUCGGCAGAAUGCUACAACUUUCUGACAAUGAAAUGGACAGAAGUGCCUCCCAUGGAGCAGGCGAGAAAUUAUCCUUCUGCAGUCGUAAGAUGCAGGCCUGUCAACAGAGAGCAAGUUGCCGCUGGACCUGGACCUGGACCAGGACCAGACAAGUAA